UUUUUGUCGAGAUUGCUACUUCUCGAAGAUGGCUUUUCUAGAGUACAUCACGCUUGGGAAUAUCUUUCUUUUUGUCGUUUUUUUGCUGAUCCUCAAUCAGUUGAUUGAACUGUAUCAGUUUAGAAAUAUGCCACCUGGGCCUCGUUUCACAAGCUUACCUUUCAUCGGAAAUAUACUGAGCUUUGAUCGGGGAGCCGCGGGGCAGAGCUUUAUCGCUUCUACCGCAAGGUUUGUUGACUUGUAACUAGAGCAUAGCUUUAUUUUGCACAUUUUUAUAUUGGUUAGAGUAAGGGUUGAAACAUCAGAGGUAAGGAUCUCAGAUACAUAACAACUAAAUCGGUUUAGAUCCUAUUUAUUUAUUUAUUUAUUUUUCCUGGGAACAUGCAACAUCACUACAAUUAUUAAAUUAUUUAAUUAAUUUUUUUUUGCCGGGGUAAUCAACAUUUAUUAUAUUUAUGGCUGUUGUAGAACAUAUUUUUUACUUAAAUUCCUGGAAAAAAUUUCUUUUAGCUUAGCACGUUUUCCAUGAAAACAUUUCUUUCGUAAGGUAAAUGGUAUCAAGCGUUUUUCUUCUGAUAGAAAAACGUCUGACGAAAUAUUUUAAAAAUAGGGAUUGCAACAAUAUAAACAACAAAGUAAGCGAUUAUGCGUGUACUCACAUGACAAAAUCACGCGAUCCAUUGACAAUGGAUCCCUUAGUUUGCAAAAACAUAGUGCAGCUGAAAUUUUGCUGUCGUACCCUAGACACCCAAAAUCUCUCUCACAUCUCGGACUAUGACAAUAAACCAAAAACUCUAAUUCUGUAUUUUGUUUCCAAAAGAAUUCCCAUUACUGAUACACUAUUCCAGACCCCUCUGGUUUCUAUGAUGCUGCUUGAAAAUCCCACCCUCCCUGUGCAGCAGCACAUUUCUAUAAAGGCCAUAAUAUAUGGGGUGACUGUGCCAUUACCCUUUGCCCAAUGCCCCCACCCACCCUCCCCAGUUGUUUAUUGUCCAGGUGUUGCAUUUUGUCAUCAAACUCAAUGGUCAUUUUGAUGUAGUGGGUAAAGUUUUGCUGUAAUGGCCGCAUGGCCAAACAAAUUAUAUUCCAAUAAUCAAAGUGCACCUGGAUUAUGUAUGUGCAUUGUACAUGUACCAUUUUUGGUUUCUACUUGGUUGCAGCUUAGGAUUGACUGAUGUUGCAUGUAGGCUACAGUAAACUUUGUAAAGCCAUCGGUUAAAAAGUAAUAUUUGUCACUCCCUUCUUGUUUAAAAGCUUGAGGAAAAAGUAUGGAACUCUUUAUUCUUUGAAACUUGGUGCCUACAAAUUUGUCGUGGCUGAAGAUGCUGACUCGGUGAAGGAGGUUCUGGUAAAGAAAUCUGCAGAUUAUGCAGGAAGACCUCCAUUUUAUAGCUUUGUGUCUACUACACUUGGUAUGUAUAUUAAUCUGUCAAUCUUCAUUUUACACCCCAACACAGACACCUGGCUGAGUCAAAUAUAAAUCACAUCAGUGCUCAUGGGCGGUUUUUGGGGUUGGCCUAGGGGACCAUGGCCACCCCUUUUUCUGUGAAAUUUUGUAUUGUUAUUUAAUAAUAAAAAAUGAAAUUAACAAGUAUCAUGUUUUGCAAUUACGUGUACAUACGUAACCUGUUUGAUGAAAAGGAAAUAGGAACUGUGGGUUUUAGGAAGUUUCGAUCUGAUCCUGAUAUCUCUGAAGCGUUUCUGGUGACUUGUUAAGUCUUGCUAUUGUGUGCUUUCUCUUCUUCCCUUUACAGUCGUGACAGGGUUUAGAGUUUUUUCGCACAGGGUAAUCAAGUCUCGGCAAGUCUUAAAAAAGUCAUAAAACUCCUUAAAAAUUACUGAGUUUGUUAGCCUGCAGAAAAGGUGCUUUUUUAUUCACGUUUUUCAGGCAAAGUAACAUGAAGCAAGCACAAAGCGGGCGUGGAGCGCGAGAUGCACGAAUUUUUCUGUGCCUACCUGCAUCGCGCACGUCUCGCGCUCCUCGCUCGCCUAAAAAAUGCGAAAAAAUAACGCCCGUAUUUCAGGCUAUUAUUUCACCCUGACUAUCAAACUCAACCUAGUUUUAGUUUGUUUAUGUUAUUAAUUCUGGUUAUGGUGUCUUUUGUAGGCAGUGCAGUUGUAUUCUGACUUUUUUUUGACUGAUUGAUAUAUUCUUCUUCCUAAUGUAAGGUGGGAAAGACAUUGCAUUGGGGAAUUUUGGUCCUGCAUGGAGAUUCCAUCGCAAACUGUUCAUGACUGCUGUGCGACAAUAUCUAUCCAACCAGGAACUAGUGGAGGAAAGGAUCUCUGAACAAGCCUCAAACCUGCUGGAGUAUUUUGAAGAACACAAAGGAAAAGAUUUUGAUCCUGCAGAGAUUCUCAUGAAAAGUGUUGCAAAUGUUAUCUGUCGCAUCUCAUUUGGAGAGCACUUUGAUUCAUCCAGUCCAGAUUUUGACGAGCUCUUGCGCUUGAACAAUGAGACCUUCACAGACACUAAGAUAAGUGAAGAUGCCUUCAUCUUAGAUCUUUUUCCAUUGGCGAAGUACUUUCCUUUUGAAAGUUACCAAAAGGAAAUUAAAAUGGCUGACCGAAUGUUUGAAAUCAUUGGCAAGCAGCUGAAGUUACAACGUGAGCGGUUUGAUUCCUCAACAGAGGUCAAGAGCCUUACAGAAAGUCUUAUGAAAGAGAGAAUCACUGCAGAAGGUGAAGUUGGAUCCGAAGAUAAAGUGAGUAUUCUAUCAGAUGAUUACAUUGUCAACACAUUAGAAGACAUGUUCAGUGCUGGGUACGAAACCACAAGUACCACACUACGUUGGGCCAUUGCAUUCCUGAUACACAAUCCUGAGUUUCAGACCGAGAUACAGGGUAAGUUGGAUGAAGUAGUUGGCAGGGAUCGAAUGCCUACAUUGGAUGAUCGCCCAAAGCUUCCACUUAUCCAAGCCACGAUCAUGGAAACACUGCGCCUUGGAAACGUUGCCGAGACAGCUAUUCCUCAUUAUACUCUGAAGGACACCACACUUGGUGACUAUCGAGUUCCAAAGGACACAGUGGUGAUGGUUAAUCUGCGAUACGUUCAUCUUGAUCCAAAAUGUUGGGAAAAUCCCAACUCUUUCAAUCCUCAUCGUCACAUUGAUGCCGAUGGGCAGCUCAUUACUAACUCUGGCAACUUCCUGCCUUUCUCCGCUGGACGUAGGGUUUGUGCUGGCGAGGCACUGGCCAAGGUACGAAAGUUUAUUUUUUGCUCGGGAAUGCAUAGAAUUCACAAGUACGUCUUUGCUUAGGCUCUCAGCUAAGCUGUAAAAGCAGUUACCACACCCUUUUCUUUUAGUUCCCACACCCUUUCUUUCAGCCCCGUACCUAGGCCAAUUCGUGCUAUCAUGGUUACUAGAGGAAGCUUGGAACCGAGCGCGAAUUUGCUUGACAGGUGACGUCAAAUCCGAAAUCGCCGAGGACGAUUGGGAUUGAGGCUGCCUUUCUUUACUUUAUUCAUUCUAUUCCACUUGAAAGAAAAACAAGAGUUAGAAUAAGCCUGGAAAAUCUCCAUCCUUUCCAGACACUUACCAUAUAAAUCAGAAUCUCACGGCAAAAUCUGGUUUUGGUGAUAUGCCAAACAGCCCUGAUCUUAUUGUGAUACUGUUUUCUAGGUGGAGCUGUUUCUGUUUUUGUCCUGGAUGCUGCAUAAGUUCACAUUUUUGCCGUCAGAGAAAGGAAGUCCUCCUGAUCUUGAAGGAGUUUCUGGUUUUGCUCGAUACCCAGCUCUUUACAAGAUGCGAGUUGUAAAACGCGAUUAGAUACUUGUAAAAAGUUGCAUAAUAGAACUUAGCUUCAUUAAUCAUUGAUUGACAGUAGAAGUAGAAAAAUUGACCUAGAUUGUCAGGUGAACUGAGGACCUCGUCCACCUCUUCGUUUUUGUUUUAAAAUCAAGAAUUUUUCCUCCGUUUUCAAGGAAAUCCGCGUCCGCACGUUUCGUUUUUGAAUCGCUUUUGUCCGUCAACACGAAAACUCAAUAGUAACUGAAAACGGGACCAUCUUUGAUGGGAGCAUGCGCAUUUACUGGUAUCUGAACCUAAUCUGUCUUAUCUCGUGCACGGCAUAGACUGGAUCCAACAAAGUGACGUAAUCGUCUUCAACACCUCAGUUUUCAUCCAUCCGCACGAAUACAGCACAACGGCGUUUUCAAAAAUCUCCGCUCCGGAGAGCGUUUUUUGAGAAGAUGCUUUUUCAGUGACUGUUUCCAUCGGUUAAUAAAACUCUCCGUUUUCAAAUAGAAAAGGAUACGUGUGGACGAGGUUUAAGUAUUUCACAAAAAAAAUAUAUACAAACUCUCUCUAAAACGGAUACCUUUGUGGCCACCAGCACAAAGUGUCCAUCUAAGAGUAAUGUCCGCCUCAAUAUAGAGAAUCAAAUAAAAGGAGUUGCAAAAGGAACCAACUCUAGGUGUCCGUGUUAUAGAGGUGUCCGUUAAGAGAGAGUCGUCUGUAUAUCUUAUUAUGUGAGUAUUAAUCACGCUUAAGGUUCUACAUGUAUAUCUACAUGAAGGUUAAGUCAGCUGAAUUAACUAACAUUAACACUUACUUCUUAUCUAGGGCAAAAUGUUAGCUUAGGGGAGGGGUAGGAGGGCAGUUUCCCAGAAACCCUAAUUGAUCCGAAUUCGCAAUAGCGUAAGUGCAGUCAAAGCGCCAUGGGCGACCACUACUUGUAGGCGACCACUUCCUAGCUAUGCAUUAAAGCCAUCAUCUAUCCGAAAAGGUAAAAUCAUUUUCUCGUUGAAAGAACUAUACUACACAGCCAAGCCUCUCGUAAGCCACCACUUCGGGAAGUUUUUGGGCUGAUUUAGCAACAGGACUGGAACGUCAGUUGACGACGGGAAAGCGCGGGGAAAGGACUAAACACGACUUCCGGUGCCCAAUUUGCCGCUCUGCCAUUGGUCAAGCCAGUUGUUUGAUCUGCGCGCGCAAGCGCGCGCCGUUGUCAACUAACGUUCCCAUUCUGUUGCUAAAUGAGCCUAUUAAAAGCGCGAGAUAUAUUACACAUUUGUACCGCUUGUUUCGUCUCAUCAUCGAACGAGGUAUGUUACACAUUCAUUCCCAUUGUUUUGUCUCAAGAUGGUUUAAAGAACGAGAUAUAUUAACACACACUAUUUAUUAAACAAAAAUUAAUUUGUUUGUCUGUGCACUUCACCUGAUAAAAUUCGGGCGACAUGACUGCGUAUUUCGGGCGACUUGACCGGUUACCUGAAAAUCUUCUAAGCUUUCUCAAAACGGCCGGCUCGCACUCACAGGUAAUAAACUAUCAACCCCUAAAUUAACAGUGUCUAUUUGUCUAAGAAUAUCAGGGUUGUCACUAAGGGCCGGGGGCCGGGGAUUUCCCCCGGCUACUCAGAGCAUGGCCCCCGGCUACUUUCGUCAUUAAAUUAAACCAAAAGAGCACACCUUUGAAACACACAAAGACUAUCCAUCAAACUAAAUGAAAGUUUCAUCUGCAGCAGGUUUAAGUAAUUUUGAAAUACUCGCGUGCAAAAACUAAGAAAUGUCGGGAAAAGACAUCUGCCUUAGAUUUGGUACUAGUACACACGCGCGAAAACUCUCCGUUCGCGAAAUGUCAGUAGGAAGUUUUAGCAACGACGACGGCGACGGCAACGAGAACGUCAAAAAAGCAAUAGGAUUAUUGAGCAAAACAACUAGUUUGCACGUGCAUCACGCUUUUUUGUACAUUUCUUUGCCGUUACUGCACGACUACGACGUGAAAAUGCCUAGUUUCACGUUUUAUGGAGGACGUAAACAAUCGAAGACAAACUUUUCUUUCUCUUUCUAAACUUGAGUGCGGUCCCAAAGAAAUCAACUCCAGGGAAAUUGGCCUACAUUAGCUAUUUUCAGCGAACUGAAAUAAACGAGACAAAGUUGGAAAAAACGCCAAUUCAUUUUAAAAGCGACGUUUUCGCUGCCGUCACCUUUGUCGAUGCUAAAAGUCCCUAGUUUCAACCGUUGUGUCGGCUUUGUGUUGAAUAUGUCGAAGAAGUGGCAAAGGAAUCUGCACUCUUUGUUCACGAUGAAAGACCUGAGCAGAUCUCUGUUGACAUCACAGAAGAAGUUGAGGCUUCAUCCGAGCGUUAAAUCUCCCUGAUGCUGAUGUUGAUGAUAAUGAGGAUUAUGAUGAAGGCUUUGAAGAUGAACACUAUGACUGAUUGCUAUGUUUAAUAAAUUGACGUUUAAGUGACCAGGUCUACAUUUAGCUUUAGGUAUCGAGUAUAUAAAAUAACGCACGGUCAACGGGAAAUGUUCGAUCAUUGUCCGCACGUCAUGAUCACAUCCUCUCAGUUCUACUUCCAAGAAGUUAUAUUUAAAAGGGAAGUUAAGCAUUAGCAUUACUUUUGCAUUCUUCUCCUUGAGUCUCGUUUUGACUCUCAGCGUCGUUUAUAAAGUAUUAGCCCUGUCUUUUAAACGCUUUUCCGUAUGUCAGUUUCUUCGAAUGUUAAGUGAUGUUUCGUUCCUAAAUUCGAGACCACUAAUGUUACCAGUUGUGCAGUUUAGUUUUGCCAUAUUUUAUCCCGCAAUUUUUCGUACGUUACGCUUGUUUUAGCCUUAUCAUACGUCUAUUUUUUAACAAACCAUAGUAACCUUGUGUUUAUGAUGCUUUUUCGUACAUUCAUCGUCCGCUUGUCGUCUUUCCGCUUCUCCGUGGGUUAAUUCAUUUGUAAUAUUAGUUUUACUUUUGUUUUCUGUAACUUGCUUCGUUCUUUCGUAUAACUAAAUGAGGAUUUACAAUUGAUUUUAAAACGCAUGUUAAUUCAUUUGCACCAUAUAAGAAUCGAUUGUCCUUUCCACAUUUUUAACAUUUGUAAAGUAUCGUUGUGAUUUAAAACUUCACUGGCCAGCAUGCGCUUUGUCUGCGUGAAGAUAAGACUGCGCGGAUAACGUGACCGGUGCCUACCUGUCAUCCAUUUCAGACCCGGUGCUUACAUGUAUACUCCCAUUUGGCGGCCACUAAAAAAUCUCUCCAACGAGCCUUUACGUAAAGUAAAAACUUAUUAGUUUAGGGUCUCAGAAUGAUGUUGUUUUCUUUAAUAAAGACGUGAUCAUCAUAAAACCGCUAAUGAUAGCUGUACUCUUGAUGAAGAUUGCCUUUUUGGGGCGGUAAUGCGUUUUAGAAAACGGUAGAAGUUGCGCUGCAAAAACUUCUUGUAGGGGCGGGGGGGGUCUCAGGACUGCUUGCGACUUCCCCGGCUACUAACAACAAAUACCCAGCAACUUGAAAUCUUAGUGACAACCCUGUAAGAUACUAUUUUUAUUGUAACAAUCAGGAGAAAUUUAUCACGAUAAAUUGACACAAAGUUUUAUUUUAAAUGUCUGUGAGCUACACGCAGGCCUAAGCUACACGAUUAUGAUUAUAUUAUUUUUUAUUUUAACGUAAGAAAGUUAGAUACGUAACCAAACCAACGGUCUGUGAUACAGCAAAACAUCUGUAAAAAUAGCUUCAAGAAAAAUACAGAUUCCCACAAAGUAAAGAAACCACAGUUUUUCCGUAGGUAGUUUCCCUGCAUGUUUUGGACCAGUACACCUGUGACAAACACACAGAACAAUUGUUGAUUAGGCAAGUUAAUGAAAAGAUGAUGACCGUGUUUUUCAAGUUAGGCUAAUGUUCAGUAUUUUCUAAAUAACUGAAUACAACAUCUGCAUGUAUCAAAAACCAAAACACCAAUAGGUGUACAUUUCAACGUUAUUUACUUUCUCUUACAGCAAUUUAACCCAUUCGCUCCUGGGGAUACUUUUUUAAGGCUAAUCGAGCUGUGUUCUUGUCACUAUCUGAUUAUUAAGAACAAAACUGCCCCAAACACGGUUUUCUGUUCCAGAUGCAAAAUGUCAGCUCCCAAAGCUCGGGCGUGCAUAAAAAGAAAAAAUUCGAGAUUGGGUUUAAAAGUGGCAGAGCAGUCUCGACUAUUAUCUUUUAUCUUCUUGUCCUUUUUUUUUUUUCUGGGCAUUUAUUAUGUUCCGGGAUGUUCUGGAAUGUUCCGUGUUCCGGGUUUUAUUGACGCCCAAAAACUUUGUAUAAAGGACCUUCGCGUCUUACAUAUUAAAGAUAUGAACGCAUAGUACGCAUGCACUAAUUUUUGGAGGCCAUGUUGGAUUGCCAUUGCUACGGGCAAUAUUCACAUGAAAAUGAGUCACGAACAGAAAUAAGACGCGAACCAUUUAUAUACGAGUUGCUUUUGUCUUAGAUAAGACAUAAUCGUAUAAAUGGCACAGUUCACAUCUUAUUUAAGAGGCGUCUUAUGUAAGACGCUUCUUAUUUUUCCUCGUAUAAAUGUCCCUAAUGUUACGUCACGUUCUGUUAAACACUUUUUGUUUCAGCAGUUGGCAUAUUUGAAUAAGAAACAAACACAAUGUUUACAAACAUGACCCAUUGCUAUUGUUAUUAUCAUACCCAGUUUAAUCUUGACAACAGGAAAAUAGACCUCAAACAAAUAUGUCAAGUAUGUAUCUGAGCUGCUUUAUGUUUUUAAGCCACAGAACGAUUGGUACAGCUUUCCUUUGCAUGAUUCCUUUUACAGAAGCGCAGGGAGUUUUUACCUUGUUUCCGUUAACCUUCAGAAUGCCAUCCUGUAAAAUGGGGUAAUAAUAGUAAAUGAGAUUAAUAAUAGUUCAUAAUUCUGAAGCCUGCGGGAAGCUUUUGGCUUAACAGUUAAAACAACGUGGACCAAAUUAAAGCAAUGAAUGUUUGCAUAAUAAACAAGGUAACAAAAGAUUAUUUCUGCCUGCCAUGUCUUGGCUUUCUUAGCCUUCUGGUGUGUGUAAAGUACUUGCAGUAAAAAAAGAGUAUUUGAAAACAGUCUUCAAGGAGAUUUGAAUAAGAAAUAAGAAAGAUCACAUUAACUUACCGAAAACAUCGAUCACAAGGCGAUAUGACGACUUUUCAUGUUUGCAGUUUUGUUUUGUCCUUUGCUUUUUAUUUUUUGCGACAAAUUUGCAGUGCCGUUAGUUGCCUUUUUCUUCAAAGACUAAUAUUACAUCGGCUUGUUUAUGUAGCAAAUUAAACGACUUCUUUCUUUUGAACGGCUUUCUUUUCCUCUUCGCGGCUGACGCCAUAUUUGUAUUUUGCGCGGGUACUGGUGUCGGCCCAGUCCUUCCCGGCCUUUAGGAAACUUGGAAACGAGGUUGUUUAUUUUUGUCGAGAUUGCUACUUCUCCAAGAUGGCUUUUCUGGAGUACAUCACGCUUGGGAAUAUCUUUCUUUUUGUCGUUUUUUUGCUGAUCCUCAAUCAGUUGAUUGAACUGUAUCAGUUUAGAAAUAUGCCACCUGGGCCUCGUUUCACAAGCUUACCUUUCAUCGGAAAUAUACUGAGCUUUGAUCGGGGAGCCGCGGGGCAGAGCUUUAUCGCUUCCACCGCAAGGUUUGUUGACUUGUAACUAGAGCAUAGCUUUAUUUUGCCCAUUUUUAUAUGGGUUAGAGUAAGGGUUGAAACAUCAGAGGUAAGGAUCUCAGAUACAUAACAACUAAAUCGGUUUAGAUCCUAUAUUUUUUUUUCCUGAGAACAUGCAACAUCACUACAAUUAUUUAAUUAAUUUUGUUUGCCCUCGGUAUAGCGGUAAUCAACAUUUAUUAUAUUUCUGGCUGUUGUAGAACAUAUUUUUUACUUUUUUGGUGGAAGAAAUUUCUUUUAGCUUAGCAAGUUUUCCAUGAAAACAUUUCUAUCGUAAGGCAAAUGGAAUCCUUCGUUUUUCUUCUGAUAAGAAAAACGUCUGACGAAAUAUUUUAAAAAUAGGGAUUGCAACAAUGAUAAACAACAAAGUAAGCGAUUAUGCGUGUACUCACAUGACAAAAUCACGCGCUCCAUUGACAAUGGAGCCCUGAGUUUGCAAAAACAUAGUGCAGCUGAAAUUUUGCUAUCAUACCCUAGACACCCAAAAUCUCUCCCAUAUCUCAGACUAUGACAAUAAACCAAAAACUCUAAUUCUGUAUUUUGUUUCCAAAAGGAUUACCAUUACUGAUAUACUAUUCCAGACCCCUCUGGUUUCUGUGACGCUGCUUGAAAAUCCUACCCUCCCUGUGCAGCAGCACAUUUCUAUAAAGGCCAUACUAUAUAGGGUCCCUGUGCCAUUACCCUUUGCCCAAUGCCCCCCACCCACCCUCCCCAGUUGUUUAUUGUCCAGGCCCCAGUUGUUCAAAAGCUGGAUAGCGCUAUCCACUGCAUAAAUCACUAUCCAGUGGAUAACUAUUAGAGGACCCAAUUACGCUAUCCAGUGGAUAGAGAUUUAUCCGUUGGAUAGCGUUAUCCACCUUUUGAACAACUGGUGCCAGGUGUUGCAGUUUGUCCUCAAAUUCCAUGGUCAUUUUGAUGUAGUGGGUAAAGUUUUGCUGUAAUGGCCGCAUGGCCAAACAAAUUAUAUUGCAAUAAUCAAAGUGCACCUGGAUUAUGUAUGUGCACUGUACAUGUACCAUUUUUGGUUUCUACUUGGUUGCAGCUUAGAGUGACUGAUGUUGCAUGUAGGCUACAGUAAACUUUGUAAAGCCAUCGGUUAAAAAAUAACAUUUUUCACUCCUUUCUUGUUUAAAAGCUUGAGGAAAAAGUAUGGAACUCUUUAUUCUUUGAAACUUGGUGCCUACAAAUUUGUCGUGGCUGAAGAUGCUGACUCGGUGAAGGAGGUUCUGGUAAAGAAAUCUGCAGAUUAUGCAGGAAGACCUCCAUUUUAUAGCUUUGUGUCUACUACACUUGGUAUGUAUAUUGAUCUGUCAAUCUUCAUUUUACAGCCCAACACAGACACCUGGCUGAGUCAAAUAUAAAUCACAUCAGUGCUCAUGGGCAGUUUUGGGGGUUGGCCUAGGGGACCAUGGCCACCCCUUUUUCUGUGAAAUUUUGUAUUGUUAUUUAAAGAAUUCUCGGUCAAAAUUAAAAGUAUGUAUAAAAAUGCCACGUGUCCAGGCCACCCCUGUCUGAAUUUUGUGAAUCAGCCCCUGCACACAAGUGCCUCCUAUCACAACAUUUAUCUGAUAAUAAAAAAUGAAAUUAACAAGUAUCAUGUUUUGCAGUUACGUGUACAUACAUAACCUUUUUGAUGAAAAGGAAAUAGGAACUGUGGGUUUUAGGAAGUUUCGAUCUAAUCCUGAUAUCUCUGAAGUGUUUCUGGUGACUUGUUAAGUCUUGCUCUUGUGUGCUUUCUCUUUUUCCCAUUACAGUCCUGACAGGGUUUUGAGUUUUUUCGCACAGGGUAAUCAAGUCUCGGCAAGUCUUGAUUUUUACCAUUAAAUUGCCAACCCUACUCUACAACAUAAAACUCCCUAAAAAUUACUGAGUUUGUUAGCCUGCAGAAAAGGUUCUUUUUUAUUCACGUUUUUCAGGCAAAGUAACAUGAAGUAAGCACAAAGCGGGCGUGGAGCGCGAGACGCGCAAAUUUUUCUGUGCCUACAUCCGUCGCGCAUGUCUCGCGCUCCUCGCUCGCCUAAAAAACGCGAAAAAAUAACGCCCUUAUUGCAGGCUAUUAUUUCACCCGGACGAUCAAACUCAACCUAGUUUUAGUUUGUUUAUGUUAUUAAUUCUGGUUAUGGUGUCUUUUGUAGGCAGUGCAGUUGUAUUCUGGCUUUUUUUUUGACUCAUUGAUAUAUUCUUCUUCCUAAUGUAAGGUGGGAAAGACAUUGCAUUUGGGAAUUUUGGUCCUGCAUGGAGAUUCCAUCGCAAACUGUUCAUGACUGCUGUGCGACAAUAUCUAUCCAACCAGGAACUCGUGGAGGAAAGGAUCUCUGAACAAGCCUCAAACCUGCUGGAGUAUUUUGAAGAACAAAAAGGAAAAGAUUUUGAUCCUGCAGAGAUUCUCAUGAAAAGUGUUGCAAAUGUUAUCUGUCGCAUCUCAUUUGGAGAGCACUUUGAUUCAUCCAGUCCAGAUUUUGAGGAGCUCUUGCGCUUGAACAAUGAGGCCUUCACAGACACUAAGAUGAGUGAAGAUGCCUUCAUCUUAGAUCUUUUUCCAUUGGCGAAGUACUUUCCUUUUGAAAGUUACCAAAAGGAAAUUAAAAUGGUUGACCGAAUGUAUGAAAUCAUUGGCAAGCAGCUGAAGUUACAACGUGAGCGGUUUGAUUCCUCAGCAGAGGUCAAGAGCCUCACAGAAAGUCUUAUAAAAGAGAGAAUCACCGCAGAAGGUGAAGUUGGAUCCGAAGAUAAAGUGAGUAUUCUAUCAGAUGACUACAUUGUCAAUACAUUAGAAGACAUGUUCAGUGCUGGGUACGAAACCACAAGUACCACACUACGUUGGGCCAUUGCAUUCCUGAUACACAAUCCUGAGUUUCAGACCGAGAUACAGGAUAAGUUGGAUGAAGUAGUUGGCAGGGAUCGAAUGCCUACAUUGGAUGAUCGCCCAAAGCUUCCACUUAUCCAAGCGACGAUCAUGGAAACACUGCGCCUUGGAAACGUUGCCGAGACAGCUAUUCCUCAUUAUACUCUGAAGGACACCACACUUGGUGACUAUCGAGUUCCAAAGGACACAGUUGUGAUGGUUAAUCUGCAAUAUGUUCAUCUUGAUCCAAAAUGUUGGGAAAAUCCCAACUCUUUCAAUCCUCAUCGUCACAUUGAUGCCGAUGGGCAGCUCAUUACUAACUCUGGCAACUUCCUACCUUUCUCCGCUGGACGUAGGGUUUGUGCUGGCGAGGCACUGGCAAAGGUAAGAAAAUUUAUUUUAUUUGCUCAGGGAUGUAUAGAAUUUACAAAGUACGUCUUUGCUUAGGCUCUCACCUAAGCUGUAAAAGCUGUUACCACACCCUCUUCUUUUAGUUCCCACACCCUUCUUUCAGUCUCGUAUCCAGGCCAGUUCGCGUUAUCCAGGUUACCAGAGGAAGUUUGGAACCGAGCGCGAAUUUCCUAACAUGCUUGACAGGUGAAGUCACAUCCGAAAUCGUUGAGGACGACAGGGAUUGAGGCUUCCUUUUUUUUUUGGCUUUAUUCAUUCUAUUCCAGUUGAAAGAAAAAAAAAGAGUUAGAGUAAGUCUUGAAAAUCUCCAUCCUUUACAGACACUUACCAUAUAAAUCAGAAUCUCACAGAAAAAUCUGGUUUUGGUGAUAUGCUAAACAGCCCUGAUCUUAUGUUGAUACUGUUUUCUAGGUGGAGCUGUUUCUGUUUUUGUCCUGGAUGCUGCAUAAGUUCACAUUUUUGCCGUCAGAGGAAGGAAGUCCUCCUGAUCUUGAAGGAGUUUCUGGUUUUACUCGAUUCCCAGCUCCAUACAAGAUGCGAGUUCUAAAACGCUAUUAGAUACUUGUAAAAAGUUGCAUAAUAGAACUUAGCUUCAUUAAUUUGAUUGAGAGUAGAAGUAGACAAAUUUGAACGAGAUAAUGAACUAAGGGCCUCGUCCACAUGUCUUCGUUUUUGUUUUAAAAUGAAGAAUUUUUCCUCCUUUUUCUAAGAAAUCCGCGUCCACACGUUUCGUUUUUGAAUCGUUUUUGUCCGUGAAUAGUGACUGAAAACGGGACCAUCUUUGAUUGGAGCAUGCGCAUGUACUGGUAUCUGAGCCUAAUCUGUCUUAUCUCAUGCACAGGAUAGACUGAAUUCAACAAGGUGACGUAAUCGUCUUCAAAACCUCAGUUUUCAUCCAUCCGCACGAGUACAGCACAACGGCGUUUUCAAAAAUCUCCGCUCCGGAGAGCGUUUUUUGAGAAGAUGCGUUUUCGGUGACGGUUUCCACCGGUUAAUAGUGUGGACGACAACCCAAACCGGCGGGAAAAAACUCUCCGUUUUCGAAUAAAAAUUGAUAUUGAUAUGUGUGGAGGAGGCCU